GCGCGCGGGCGCUGGGGAAGGACCUGCGGGUGCACUUCAAGAACACGUACGAGACUGCAGCGGCGCUGCGGAGGGGCCCCCGGGGGGCCCCCCUGCUGCUGCAUGCAGCAGCAAAGUACCUGCAGCAAGUCAUCGCUCGCGAGCGAUGCGUCCCCUUCCGCCGCUUCGCAGCAAACGUGGGGCGCACGCCGCAGGCCAAGGAGUUUGCUGCUACGAAGGGCCGCUGGCCAGUCAAGAGCUGCAAGGUUCUGCUGGCGCUUCUCAAGAACGCGGAGGCCAACGCCGAGAAGCAGAACCUGGACACGGAGAACCUGGUGAUCGAACACAUUGCUGUCAGCAGGGCCCCCCGCGGCCGCCGCAGGACCUACAGGGCCCACGGGCGCAUCAACGCGUACAUGUCGAGCCCCUGCCACGUGGAGGUGAUAGUGCGGGAGCAGCAGCAGCAGGUGCCGCGGCCGCGGGAGCAGCAGCAGCACAGGCUUUCGCGGAAGCAGCUCGCGCGCUCCCGCAUCCGCGUCGGCGCCGGGGCCCGCUAG